CGUGUGCAGCGGGGGUUGUUGGGAUAAAGAUGCCCAGAUAUUGUUUAUUUGGAGACACAGUGAACACGGCGUCUCGUAUGGAGUCAUCAGGACAUCCGCUGCGGAUCCACGUCAGCCAGCCCACUGUAAACAUCCUGCAGAGGACCGACUGCAGGUUCGAGUACGAGAUGAGAGGAGAGACAUAUCUGAAGGGUAAAGGCACGGAGAUAACCUACUGGUUGACAAAUGAGACGGGAGAAAACUACGACCUGCCGACGCCUCCAACAACGUAAGAACAUC